GGUCGAGUUGUAAAAAAACAAACCAUUCAAAAGUCAUAGUCAUUUAUACAAACGACGGUCAAACGCGUGAAGUAUCUGUUGCCCAGGCACACGUGUUUCCCAUCACGAUAAAGAGCAAACAAUCAAAAAAUAGACUUGCAGGUACGCCCACGUACGAGAGGAUUUUCAUAUCUGAUUUCCUUUCUAAGGUUCACAGGUAACUGGUGUUAUUCUUCUUGGCUUUCUUUCCAUUUUGUUUUCUGUGACGCUUACGCCACGGACAAUAGAAAAAGCAAAGCUAAGUCAUCGUAGUUACAAAAAGAGUUCUACGUUGUUCUGCUUUUGCAGCGAACUCUUACGUUUCAGUUCUCUGAGUUUAACCUUUAAAACAAGACGGAAGGCCCAGCUCUUGCUCUUUGGUUUGAAAUUAUUUCGCGAGGUGCGCCGCAUCGCGAACAUUCGUAGCGUGGUCCUGCGUGCCUGAAAGGCUGCCGCAUUCCUGUACCUUUUCUUCUUUCCUCUACGUUCAUUUUUGGUUCUUUUCCUCUUUCUUUUUCUUCAACGACGUUGGUCAAAAAACACACAAAAGAUUUCGUUGUAUUUUUCUCCCUUUUCGUUUUGAAAGAAAACACAAAUUCAGCUGCGUGGGCUUUUUUUUUCGUUUUCUGUCUUCCUGUUUCUCUUCAACAUCCUUUCGAAAUCAAAAAUACAUACACAUCAAAAUUUUCUCUCUUUCUCUUGUUGUUGCUUCACAAGGAACAAAUCCCAAAGAGGUCUAUUUCCCUGCUUCUUAUAAAGCAAGGACCAAACAUGUCCAACGUGCUUCUCGGAGCGUCGCGUGUGUUCGCGACAACGGACGGCGCGGAUAAGUUUAUCAAACUUGUCAUCGGCUUCUUGACAGUUGAGAGCACGAGGGAUGUUGCAGCGAAGGCGCAUUGCGCCAACGCCGCACAGCAUCUGGCGGAGGCGCGCUCCUUUAUGCGCGUUGGACGUGUGUUCAACCUCGUCCUCAAGCUGCUAUCGCUGCGUGACCUCUUUGCCGCACAGGGCUUCAAAUACACUGAAAACAAGAAGUUUGUGGAGUUCGUUAAGACGAUCUUUGAUCUUCUCUUCGCCGUGUGCGAUCACGUGGUGGUGCUCGCGCGCGAAGGUUUUGUCUCGGCUUCGGUUGGCGUUGCGCGGCUGGCGCGUUCAACGCGAGUGGUGCAGGUGCUCUGCCACGUCCUCGGUGUUGUGCACAACCUGCUCGACCUCCGCGACGCCGCACGGCGGCUGGUCUACGACCCACCAGCGGCGGAGCGAGCCUGCAAGAUUGCUGGCAUCAGCGCGCUGCGCGACGUUGCGGACGCGUUGGUGGCGGUAUCGUUCUUGGGACAUGCACACAACGGGUGGAUGCUUAGUGUGCGCAGCGAGGGCGUCCUCACGUUCUUCUCCGGCGCGCUCUCCACGUACCUCUGCUGGAAGUACAGUUAG